GGUUAUAUCAUCAUGGGGGGGGGGAAGAGAGUGGACGACGCGACUCGCGAGGCGUGAGAAAGCGAAAACAAGGAGAAACGCGUGAGAAAGGGGAGAGGAAAGCAACGGGGGGCGACGGGCCCGAUCCCCAGCAGCGCUUCACCGCUCCACCCGCUUUCCAGCGCUCCUCGGCCUGUCGGACUUAACGCAAGACACGAUCACAACAAACACGAGCACGCAGCACGCAGAGACGUGGAAUGGAGGACUUCUCGACAUCAACGUAUCAAAACACACACUCGACCGUCACAUUCAGAUCGUCAAAAGCCCACAACACUCGCAUCGCCCUUCCAAUCAACUCGUGAUCCCUUUCGAACUACCAAAUCAUGGCCCCCAAAUUCUCUCCCUCUCAGCUCACCGCGGUCGACUCGACGAGCAAGCCCAGCCGUCACGUCUGCUUGUACGGACGGGCAAUCUUGGGCAAUCUAGCGGACCUCAAACCAAGCACGACGACGACUGCUGAUAUCGAUCGACUACGCAAGAAGGCCGAGCACGUCAUUCAGUCCGUGGAGAAGGACUUGGAUAUCAAGCUUCAGUCCGACGCUUUCGCCUUCAUCCGUUUCGGUCGGGAGGCCCAGGCUCAGGAGAUGCCGGGCUUGAUCUUCUGCGCCCGCGGUGACAGCGCCGCGGCCAACAAGGACCGUGCCGCCGCCGAGAUUGCAAGAUUGCUCGCUUUGCAAGAUUUCACCAGAUUCGGGCAAGGUUUGAAAUGCGUUCAGGUGUACUCGCCCGGGGGUUACUUUGGUAAACUCACCGUAGAAUUGGCUGGGACCGAUAUCACCCCGGCUGCUCGUACUGCAGUGGCGGAGAAGGUCGCGACGAUGGCUGGGUUGGGCACUCCUACCCAUAUCUUGCACAAGGUAGAAGACGACGCGAAGCAGAUCUUCCACGUCGAGUACCGAAUCAGCGACUCGGACGACGUCACCGCCACGGAGGAUUCAUGUAGGAAGCGGUUGCAAGCGGCUGCGACUCGGCUUAAACAGGGUCUUCGGGGGGAGUGCACGGCCGUCUGGCCCCACCCCCAUCGUCGUAACGUUCAUUGGUGCGGACCCAAGGAGCUUUUGAAGAAGGGCGGCACUUGGGAUCAGGGCGAGACGUUCGUUCGAAAGUACGGUGCGAAAUCCCAGCCAUCCUCUGGGCCAUCCGCUGCGCCUUCGCCUUCCGCUGCGCCUUCCGCUGGGCCACCCUCUCGGCCAUCCUCUCGGCCGACCGCUGCGCCAUCGGCUGGACCAUCCUCUCAGCCGUCCGCUGCACCAUCGGCUGGGCCUUCCUCUCGGCCAUCCGCUUCUCGGCCAUCUGCUGCGCCGACCGUCACGACGACGAUGGGCUUCGGAUCGCUCGCUGUCACUGUGACCGAGGGCAAGGGCAAGGGGAAGAAACAGGGACGCGCUAGGGAGAUUAGCGAAAACUCCCAGGUCAAGGAGCUUGUCCCCCGCAAGAAGCGCAACCUGCCGGAGCCCGAAAUCCGUCCUGCUGUUUCUGAGCAGCCCGCCGCCGGACCUGCUAUCGAGCCGGUAGCCACCCUCGAACGUCUUGAUGCCGAGUUGGAGGAUGUUCAAAGAAGGAGGAAAGCAGCCUUGGAGGACCUGUUGAGGGUCCAGGAGGCUGAGGCCGCGAAGACUCGAGAGAGGUUGAACGGGUUGUAGUCGGGUGUGGGGGGGGGGGUCGCGUCACCUCCGCGGGUCUACAGAUCAACAGACAUUGUAUUUUGUAUGAAAUCUUAUACCGAUGUAACUCGACUGACCUUAUUCAAUUCGUA